UUGCCACUUUGCUCUUCGUUUGCUAAAUUUGUAAGCCAUCCAAUUUCCUCUGUUUUCCAUUGCCCCUUGCCGAUGGGGGGCGCGUCAUCGCUUCCAUCAGUCUGCCUCAUGUUUUAUUAGGAAAAAUAGGUGAAAUUUUCUUUGAGCUCCCGUUGCUUACUCCUCAGGCUCCAUCAAAUUUUGCAAUGGGAGCCUGUUGUAGCACUGAGAUCCAUUUUGGACCUGAAGAAGCCGAGGACCCAAAAGAGCAAAAUGAAUAUGACGUCGAGAGCAACGCCGGUGAUGAUGAUGUCUUCGUCGGCGAUGAUGGUGCUCGCAUUCGCCUCCAUGGAGCAUCCAAAUUCAUCUCCAUGUUCACGCAACAAGGGAAGAAAGGGGUCAAUCAAGAUGCCAUGACGGUCUGGGAGGAAUUUACGGGGGAUAAAGGAAUGACAUUUUGUGGUGUGUUUGACGGGCAUGGGCCUUAUGGUCACAAGGUAUCAAGGUAUAUUAGGGACAAUCUGGCAUCAAAGCUGUCAGCGGGAAUUAAAUCGUUGCAGCUUAAUGACUUGGAUAGCAGCGACAUUAGUCUUAGCAGCGAUGGGGAUAGUGAUCACGAGGCUAGCAAACCAAAAGAUGCCAAAGGUUCCUUUCUCUUGUCCUCUGCGGAAACCUGUUUGAUGAAUUGCUUCAAAGAGAUGGACCAAGAACUCAGCCUCGACGCAAGCAUUGAUAGCUACUGCAGCGGUGCCACUGCUGUUACUGUAAUUAAAAAGGGAAGGCACUUGUUGAUUGCAAACUUGGGAGAUUCUAGAGCGGUUCUUUGCAGCAGGGGAAACAAAAACCAGCUAAUCCCAGUCCAACUCACCGUGGAUUUGAAACCCAGUGUCCAAAGCGAAGCGGAAAGAAUUAAGAAGAACAAUGGCAGGGUAUUCGCCAUGGAAGAAGAGCCUGAGAUAUUUAGAAUAUGGAUGCCUGAUGAAGACUGCCCUGGUCUGGCCAUGGCAAGAGCAUUUGGAGAUUUUUGCCUUAAGGAUUACGGCCUCAUCUCGACCCCUGAAGUCUCUUACAGGAGGCUCACAAACAAAGACGAAUUCGUGGUCCUAGCCACCGACGGAAUAUGGGAUGUGUUGACGAACGAGGAGGUGAUAAACAUUGUCGCAUCAGCAAGGAAGCGAUCAAUGGCGGCAAAAUUACUGGUUAAGUACGCGGUUCGUAUGUGGAGAAUGAGACAUCCAGGCAGCAGAAUUGACGAUUGCGCGGUGGUAUGCUUGUUCCUAAAGAGCAAAACGAUAUUGACGAGGUCAUUUUCGGAGGUAAGCCGGGUGAGCGCCAACCACACAGAACUAACAGAAAACUUCUCGGAAGUUAGUAGAGCAAGUGUUCAUCACUCGGAAAUUGCUGCCGUGCCACAAAAAUCCAGAACCGUGAGGCAACAUGUGGGUCGCCCGCCUGUGGGACAUGAUCACACUAAUAACACUAGCAAUAGCAUCUCGGAGUCUCAGCAAGGCAGUGAUGGAGUGGUAGCCUGCAGCCCUGGAAUGAGCAGACCGGACUCGUUCGCAGUGGCGUCUUCCACAGGAAAUGGAUUAAGCCAAAGAAGAGCAGUGAAAUCAAUAGAGCUUGUUGAAGCCUAACCCAGUAAACCAAAACCCCUUUGUUUGACCCUUUUCCCCAUUUUUAUGCUCUAAAUUUAUUUCAUUUUCCUCAGAUCCUGAGGACUGGCAACAAUUUGGCUCGAGGGGUUGUAUUUUUAGAGGAAAAAAGGAAAAUGUAUACAACAUUUUUUGCAAUCCGUAUUAUUUUUGGUUGCAAUUAGUGAAAGAAACAAGCAUUCCCGAAGCAUUGGGCAUUUCCACUCGCCACCGCCAACCACUUAUUUAUGGCAUAUGAUUUUUUACAUUGGAGCUUUGGCAAAAGUGCUUAGAGUCUUCAUGCACCCAGAGACCUGCCUGCCACUAUCCUCAAAGGCAC